UCGGCGUGUUUUUGAAUAGUUGCUGCGGGUGAAUGCCAUUUGUCGUGUGGUCGGGUGCCAUAGCAACGGCUCGUGAGAAACAUAUAGCCCAGGUCGGUUUUUGACGCGCUCGGUGUUGGAUGACAGCUGCGUUCAUGCGGACAAUUCGCUCGGUCGCAACUCGUGCAACACUCCACCGCCGCCGCCGCCGCGUCUCGCCGCCGUCUGGAGCCGCGCGUGAGCUGAUCGGACCAGAAAUCCUCCGAGAAGGCUAAAACAAGUAGCCGCGGAUGCUCUGAAAGAGAGAGAGAGAAAGAUAGAGAGAGGCAGAGAGAGAGUGAGGCAUGACACUUAUCUGGAAACAUAUAUGAUCCAAUGCAUACUCGACAAUCUGAAGGCCAGGAAGGAUUAUAAGGCAAGGGUUGGUGCCGAUGCGCGUCCCCUUGUUUUAAUUUAAUUCAUUUAUUUUUUUCAAAUUGAGCUCUGUUAUUUUAUUUGAAUCGCCGUGCCCCGGUGUGGCCGGUGCGUCUCCCCGGCUUGCAGCGGCGCCUGUUGCUCCCCAUGCGCGGCCAAUGCCAGGAUAUUAAUUCUCCCUGAGAUGUGCAGUCUGCGCCUCCCCCUCUCUCCAAAGUCAAUGUCCACUGUUGUCAUCCAUUUGAGCGAGAGGUGCUGCCGCCUUGUACAUCGUGGUCCGUUUCCGUUUCCUGACGUGAGAGCUCCGUCUGCUCCCAGUGAACAUAAACAUGUUGGCGGCUAUGUCUAAAGACAACGCAUCUGGUGAGAGAAUGAAUGCUGAUGAAUGUAAUGGACGCUCAUAUUCACAAGGUAAUGGAGGAGAAUCAUCAGCAGAGCAGGAUUUAUAUGCCGGGUUGCGGGCCACUUCUGUAAGAUCUCCCAACAGCCAGCAGUCUUCGCCUCACCGCUCCCUAAGUGAUUCCAUUAAGGUUGAGCUGUGUAGCGAUGAGGAGUCUUCAGGUGCCCGACAGUCUGAGAACAAAGAGGCUGCGAGGAGCGACGGUGGGAAAGAUGACAGGGUGGGUCCUGCUGACGAAGGAGGACCAGCAUUUGCCGGAACCGGAGGAGACAGAGGGAGUGUCUACAGUGAGAUGGCUACUCCUAAUUCGUCCUCGCCGGGACCGAUCCGACUGCCCAACGGGAAGCUGCAGUGUGAGGUGUGCGGGAUGGUCUGCAUUGGACCCAAUGUGCUGAUGGUCCACAAGCGCAGUCACACAGGUGAGCGACCUUUUCAGUGCAACCAGUGUGGAGCCUCUUUCACCCAGAAGGGCAACCUGCUGCGCCACAUCAAACUUCAUUCAGGAGAGAAGCCUUUCAAAUGUCCCGUCUGCAACUAUGCCUGCCGUCGGAGAGAUGCUCUCGCUGGUCACCUGCGCACUCAUUCAGUUUCUUCCCCGACAGUGGGGAAACCUUUCAAGUGCAGCUACUGUAGUCGCAGCUAUAAGCAGCAGAGCACGCUGGAGGAACAUCUGGAGCGCUGCCAUAGUUACAUGAAGACUCUGGACUCUCAGAUGCCACCUGGGGAAGAGUCCGUAAAUAUGGAGAGCAUCACUAAACCCGCACUGCAGCCGUCCAAUGAGAAAAGGCCGUUUCUGGAUAGACUGACUGUCAGCAUAACCAAACGAAAGAGGUCAACACCACAGAAGUUUUUGGGAGAAAAGCACAUGCACCUUGAAGCACCAGAAGCACCUUAUGAACUGUCCUCUGGCUCUGAAAAGGAAGGGGAUCUCCUGAGCUCCCAUUCUGCUGGGGACUCAUCCGGUCUGGUUAGUUCACACCUCCACUUCGCAAGAAGUAAAGCCGAGAGCCAGGAGUUGCCCUCGCUGCCUCCGCUCCAUCCCGGGUUCGUGGCAGAGCUCCGAACUGUUGUGGGUUCCUUCAACAGUGGCGUGGUUCCCCAGGGCCCCCGAGCCCACGGCACGGUGGGGCUCGCAGCGACGUCCCUUGGCCUCCAUGGGCGGGAGGCAGGCGAAGGCCGGGACGACCAGCCCUCGGCGCACAGCCACACCACCUCGCCCAACGGCUGCCCCGACUCUACGGACACAGAGAGCACACCGGAAGAGCAGAGCACAAGGGCUAUAGCCCCUACAAGUACCUCCAACAACCAUCACCUCCACUAUCUGACCCCAGCGCUGCCCCGCAGCCAUCCCACGAUCAGCCCCAGCCAGGCCAAAGAUUUGGACGCAGAGUGGGAUAGAGGGGGUCCUGUUCUCCCGGGUGUUGCAAAGAGAAACCCAGGCUCGCCUCUCUCCUCCAGGAACAAUUUCCAAGUAUUGGACAGGGGGGGCAGACCUGUGCGCUCCUUCUACUGCCGGCACUGCUGCAUCCUCUUCCUGGACCAUGUCAUGUACACGAUCCACAUGGGCUGCCACGGCUUCCGCCAGCCCUUCGAGUGCAACAUCUGCGGGCAUCCCAGCCAGGACCGCUAUGAGUUUUCCUCUCACAUCAGCCGUGGAGAGCACCAGGUGGGCUGAGGACAAGUGGCUGCACAAGGAGGGGUAGACUGCUAUAAUCUAAAAGUGGGCUCAUGUUUGUUCUGCACCAGAUCAGCUAUUUUAAAUCCCUAGUUUAAGUCAAAUAAAUCCUGAGCUUGCUGUGGAUUUAUAUCCUACAUGCCACAGGUGAGCAAAAAAAAAAAAAUCUUUUUCACGCAUCAGUUAGAUUAGUUUAGACAAAUUGAAUCGUGUAACUGAUUGCACUCCCUUAUCAAAUCGCAUGGCAAACUACAGUUUUUUGCCUCAGAAGUGCCUUCUUUGGGGAUUUCCUCUGAACACACACAACACAAACACACACCCACACAAAAAGAAACAGUGGAGAACCGGUGCUCAAGAAACCCGACUAGCCAUCCUCUCCUCUGUGAUUUUCGAAACGAUCACAUCCAAGAGGUCAUGUUCACAUGCAGUUAUUGAAAGCAUUUAAGCAUUUAUCAAAAACAGGUUUUAUUCAGUACGCACCGAGAGCUUUGCUUCAGCGGCUGAGGAGGGUGCUUUCUGUGUCAGGUGAGCUACAUGUGCACCGAGAGCUGUGUGCCUCUGAGUGUGGGACAAGCUUUUGUCACAGAUGAAGCACAGACGUGGAUUGCCUUAACACCUACAGCGGUAACUGUUGUAGGAACACACAUUGUUUACAGCAUGGUUCAACAGUAUGCAAAGCGGGAUGGGCCGGUAUGAGGUUACCAAAAGUGUCAGAUCUUUAUUUAAAAAAUAAAUAAAUACUUUGCUUUGACGACAGCGAUAUAAAUAAGGAAAAAUUGAAUGAAGUUGUUUAUUUUCUUUAAAAAACUGAUUGUUAUUUUGAUAUUUUCUGCUUUUGGCCUCUUGCUUUCCAUAAAGCAGCACUGAACUAUGGCAAGCUUACAUUUGCUGGUUAAUUGACAAUGUUACUGCAGUGUGUUUGAAAGUCAAAAAGUCAAAACAUUUAGGCCUGAAAAAGUCUUAAAACUGUUUCUUAAAUUUAUACUUGUCUUUUUUUUUUAAAUUGAUGACAUUUAGUAAUUCAUAAACAAAUCUGACCAUGAAGACGUCUUGCUGCAGUAUUUUAGGCAAAACAGUCUUGUCACAUUAUAUUUGCAUUUAUUCUGAUUCUUCUUUCCACUUCGGCUCUUUAACUCUACUGACAUGCGGCAUGUCGUUAGAGUUGAUAUUUUGUUUAAUAUUGAAAUAGAGAUAAUUUAUUAUGAUCACAUUGUUUUAGAGAAAACAAUUGGUAAAAUGUAGAAAAUUACGUUUAGUUGUUGGUUGACGGAGCGGACAUGAAACGUCCUCAACGGCAGGUAUAAAAUUCAACAUUUCAUAUGACAAAACUUUGGUACAAAAUGAUCAAAACUACAAAGGCAUGACACGGUGAUGGGGUGAAAUGAUCAGCAGCCUUAGUAAUUAUAAAAGACUUAAUAGAUGUGAUGGAUGGAGGGCUGGUAUUUUCCAUCCCAUUUCUUUCCCUGUUAUUAACAAUCAAAUUAAACUUUGUUGUCAACAAUGGAAGGUUGGAAGUGCCUUUUCUGAGCUAGAUGACCUGCAGUAUGCAGAAAUAGGUUGGGGGAGGAAAUAUCACAGUGCUGCUCUAUGAUUCAUGCAAACAGAAAACUAACUCUGACAUGUCAUUAAAACGACUUUAAGCCACGAAAUCUCUUCGACAAAAGAUAGACACAUCGAUGCCGAUGCCCAUGCCUAGUGCACAGCUAACUGUGUGGAACAGAGCCUCAGGAUGAAGCUGAUUCAUUGAGCAAAAUUAGGAUGAUGUAGGCUUUUAGAUUUCAAAAGUGAGUUUUAAGAUACUGGUGCAGAUCAGACCAUGAGCUUUGUCGCUUAUAAGAUCCUCACUGAAUGGACCCAGGGUGCUCUACCUCUCUGCAGGAUUGCACUUUUUAGAAUAGGUUACCUGCUUACAUAUGAACGUCUUUACUGAAGCACUUCACUGCUUUACAGAGUUGUUACCUGUGAUUGUUCUACUGCACUGAUGAAUUUAACAGUGACAAUAACUGACCACUUGGUUGGCGAGUGGUGAGUUUUUACUGGAGCCGGCCUUCUGCACCUUGGUUCGGGACCGGUGAGGGUUGAACCGUCAGCUCAGCUUAAACAAUCCCUUUGUGGUUUUGCACUCAGCGGCUGCAGCUGAGAUUUUAAACAAGCUCCAUAAUGUAAGUGAUUUAAGAAAUUAUUUAAAGAUUAAUUAUUAGCAAAUCAGUUUGAAUCUCUUCUGUUAUUAUCGCACUUGUGAUUAUCUACUUAGUGUCGUUUGUUUCUGCCUUGGUGUAUUUAAUCAGCUAUAUUCCAAAUCUUAUCCAGCAUAUUCCUCAAAGUUCAUGAAAUGUUACCUCCUGCUUCUUUUUAGCACCCAAAUACCUUAUUGCUACAGUAUGGUGAAUGAUUUGAUGAUGUUAAUAUGGGAACACGAAAGAAACCAAACUCAGUAUUCUUACUUAUUAUUGUUGGUUUGCUGCUUUAUAGUUUAACCUGAGUUUCUCUACUAGCAAGCAAAAUGUACUUGAAAACAGUUAAAAAAAAAGAUAUAUAUAAAUAUAUAUAUAAAUGCACUUGGGUUUGAUAUGUAUGCGUGUGUGUGUUUGUGUGUGUGAAUGGACAACAGCAUGGGUGCUUGUCAUUUUCUGCUUUUACCUGAAUUGUGAAUUAUUUUUGAAAUGUGAAGUGAAAACGAGGCAUGGGUUUUUAUUUGUUCCCUCCUCGUGAAGACUUAAUGUUCUAAAAAAUAAGAAUAAAAUAAAAACCCUUUGUGAAUGAUGUAAAAUAACAAAAAACACUUUUACCUCAAAGUUCGAAUUGUACAACUGCCUCAUUAGUUCAAUAAAACUAGGGGGGAAAAAAGAAUAAAAAAAAGGUCAUGUCGCUUUCCAAGAUGUUUUUGCGGUUACAGAUUGCGUGCUCCUUGAUAUUUUCAAAACU